UUUUUCUUUUUUGGUUGGAAAGGGAUUAAUACAACAUAAGAUAAAAGCGUCUUAGAAUCCUUUUUUCAAACAUAUACUAUGCGAUCCAUAAGAAAGGACGAACUAUUCAUUUUUCUUGUCUCUCAUUUUGGAAAAAGCUAAACUUUUUAUUUUUUAAAAUCGGACUAUCACCCUUGUGGCCAGCAUUUUCGACCGUUUAUUCCAAUUCAGUCCUAGAUCUGAAUCCGAAACAAACGCAUUUGUACCUUCGCGUGCAAACUUCAGAGGAUAACAGCAUUUUCGUCGACCCGGGUCUCGGGUUUCGAGAGCAGGUGAAAUUCUAGAUCUUGAGCUGUAAUGUAUCUUAGGAUUCAGAUUCCUUGAGUUAAUUUAAGCUUGAAUUUUACCUGCUUCGCUUGUGAAUCCGAGAAUCGGCCAUGGUUUUCUGGGAAGGAUAUGUGAGCGACGAGGCGAUGGGCACGUUUGCCCCAAUCGUGGUGUACUGGUUGUACGCGGGGUUUUAUCAGCUGCUGCCGACUCUGGACAACUACCGUUUGCAUACAAAGAAAGAGGAGGAAUUGAAGAAUUCGGUGCCGCUCUCGUCCGUGGUUAAGGGCGUCUUGCUUCAGCAGCUCGUCCAGGCGACCGUUGCUCAGGCGCUCUUCCUGUUGACCUCAAAGGCAAAUGAAUCAGGGAUCACGAUUCAGCCCUCCAUUCCUGUCCAAAUUGUUCAGAUUGCUGUUGCAAUGUUUGUCAUGGACACAUGGCAGUACUUUGUGCAUCGUUACAUGCAUCAGAACAAGUUUCUGUACCGCCAUGUCCACUCCCAGCAUCACAGGCUGGUUGUCCCCUAUGCAAUUGGGGCCCUUUAUAAUCAUCCGCUUGAAGGGCUCUUGCUUGACACUUUGGGCGGGGCCAUCUCUUUUCUGGUCUCUGGAAUGACUGCACGAACAGCUGUAAUUUUCUUCUGCUUCGCUGUGGUUAAAACCGUUGAUGAUCACUGUGGCCUUUGGUUGCCUGGCAAUAUCUUACAUAUUAUCUUCCAAAACAACAGUGCUUAUCAUGACAUCCAUCAUCAACUUCAAGGCUUGAAGUAUAACUAUUCUCAGCCUUUCUUUCCCAUAUGGGAUAAACUACUUGGAACCUACAUGCCUUACAAUCUAGUAAAGCGACCCGAAGGGGUCUUGAGGCAAGGCCAAUGAAAGACUAGAUGUUCACUAACAAUUUCUGUGUGUAACUUCGAGCUCUCACCCGGAUGGAGACCUUUUUUGGUCACGAUAGCUGUGCUAUUUAUGGUGAAGGUGAAAGAGUCAUUAUUCAUUGAUUUGAAGCUAUAUUGCAGGCAUCUAGCAACAGUUGAUUUGAGUUCAUUCCUUUUUUGAUUGCUUGAAAGUGUGUUGGCUCGUUUAUUGUUGCCUCACCAACCUCUCUUAUGAAUUGUAAUUGUGUUAUUUUGAGGUGUCUAUUUGUGUACCAUACUUAGUUUCCUCAUUAUGCAUCAAUUAGGAUCUUCAGGACUAUUGAGAUUGGUGUACUUGGGCUUGUAUGUUGCUUUUGGGGGCUAGAAAUCAUUUGCAAGUUGUGAAUUUGUAAUGUGAAAUGCUCAACAGCCUGAAUUCUGGGAUUAAUUCCCCAGUUGGACUAA